UGUAUUUCAAAGAUUCUCAUGUUGUUGUUUAUUCAUUUAUUUGACCUGCUUUUAAGCAAGGAAACCCACGUUUUUAUCGGCAGUAAAAAGGUAGGAACGUUUUUCAUCGUUUUCAUAACGUUUUGAAAAUUGUUUGAAAAAAUAAUUUAAAAUAUUUUCGUUUUUUUAGCAUGAAUCGUUUGUACACAAUGCCAAAGAAACGUAUUACCUGGAUAGAAAUGAAACUAUGACGGUUUGGGCAAAGAUUGUUCCAUUCCCUUGGCAAGACAACAGAUUGGUCCCUGGAGUAUCUGAUCCUGAAAUGCUCGAAUUUAAUAUGUCGUGUAUUGAGGAAGUUGUUAUGCCUGGAGUUGUUUCUCGAAAUUUGACAGUAGAUAUCGCGCAGGUACAAAGAAAGGAAAAGAAUAGGUUAGAGCAUAAUGACUUGACUAUGUUGCUUGGAUCUCUUGUUUACUUAGCUUCGAACUCAGUUCGAAAGCUAAAACAAUGUUAAAAUAAUACAUUGAUACAAUAGAGCAGAAGUGGAACAUUGACAUGUUUUACAUGUGAAGUUUGCUGA